GAAGGCCAACAGGACAGUGUGAACAGAUUUAAAAAGGCCCCACUGUUCCACCAGGAGGACAGACGUUGAACGAGAUGGGUGUCAUGACGCGUCUUCUCCUUUUGCUGUGGGUCGGUGUCACAGCGAGCACAGUGGUGGAUCUGCAGAAGAGAAUCAUCGGAGGUCGAGAUUGUGGACCAACUGAGCGUCUGUACCAUGUUGAAGUGAGACAGUAUAGAGCUUUUCCUGGUGAAAAUUUCACAAUAUGUGGCGGCACUCUGAUCAGUAACCGGUGGAUUCUGACUGCAGAACACUGCUGGAAUUCAGAAAGGAUUAUGAAAGCAGUUUUAGGUAUCCAUCCAGGAGGUUAAGGGACACUGGAGAACAUCACAGCUCGUGACCACAAAGUCCCCUUUUAUGGGAUGCAUGACAUCAUGCUGCUGGAGCUAACUAACCCUACUCAGAUUC